GAGAGAAACCGUAGCAUAGCAAUGUUGCUUUCGUAGUACUUGAAAUGGCGGAGAAGCAAUCCCUCAGAGAAAAACACACGAGACAGGGAAAAUUGAACUGAAAGAGAGAGAAAGCAAGGAAACACACAUUGACCGCCAUUAAAAAUCACUUCCCCUUUUUUAUAUCACUCCCAAACACAUUCCUUUCAUUUCCCAUUUUCCACUCUCUUUCUCUCCUCAAUUCCCCCUCUUCUCAUGCUUCCCCUUUAACAUCACAACGCUCUCCAACUCUCCAAAACUUCAAAAUCAAACCACCGUUCCAGUUUCUCAAUAUUCUUACCCAGUGCGGUUCGGUUCAGUUCGGCGGUCCGGUUCGGUUCAAUUCGAUCAUGGAACAAACGGCACUCGAAUCCAUUCACUUCAACGACGAAAUUCAGGGAAUCAUGGCUCCGGCGACGGAAACCGCCAAUUCCUUCACCGCGCUUCUCGAGCUCCCACCGACGCAGGCCGUGGAGCUCCUCCACUCGCCGGAGCGUGCCGGAAAACCACCUCGCCACAAUCCGAUGAGCUCCUUCGCUUCCGGCGGCGGUAACUUGACUUUCCCUUCCAACGCCGCGUUGAUCGAACGCGCAGCCAGGUUCUCUGUGUUCGCUGGUGAUAACUCGCCGGCGGUAAAGCACGAGCAGCCGGAAACUGAUUCCAACCCGAGUUCUACUCAGGGCGGUGGGUGCGUCUCCGAUCCCGCGGUUGAGAACAAGAACCCGAAGGGCGCGAAGAGGAAGGAGCGAGAGAAGAAGGUUAAAGUGUCGUCGAAGAAGAGCAAGAGCGUAGCCGACGAAAGCUCCGGCGACGGCGAGAAGCUUCCGUACGUUCACGUUCGAGUUCGUCGAGGUCAAGCCACUGACAGCCAUAGCUUAGCAGAAAGGGCUAGGAGAGAGAAGAUAAACGCUCGGAUGAAACUUUUACAAGACCUGGUCCCCGGUUGCAAUAAGAUAUCAGGAACGGCAUUGGUUUUGGAUAAAAUUAUCAACCAUGUGCAAUCUCUCCAGCAUGAAGUGGAGAUAUUAUCAAUGAAACUGGCAGCAGUUAACCCAGUAAUUGAUUUCAACCUUGACAGCUUAUUGGGUACUGAAGGAGUGUCUCUAAUGGACUGUAACUUCCCUCCCUCAGUUGCACCCGUCAUGUGGCCCGAAAUCACAGAGAAUGGAAGCAGACAACAAUAUCAGCAACCAUGGCAGUUUGAUGCAUUCCACCAACCCCUUUGGGGGCGGGAAGAAAACAACCCUAAUUUCUUGACUCCAGAAAACUCCCUCUUGAGUUAUGACUCAUCGGCAAAUUCAGUAACUCUGCAUUCAAAUCAGUUGAAGAUGGAGCUCUGAAGGGCUGCAGGGGUGGCGGUACUGGUAGCGAUUAGCCCAGUAGUGUAUAUAACAAAUAUAGUAUUAGCAAUUAGCCGUGAUUUGAGCAGCCUCACCAUUCAGCAGGUUUUCCUUGUCUUCUAUUUGUAAGAGUCAGUUGGAAACCUGGAUUUUAUUCAGCCAGCAAGGAAGAAGAAUUGGUAUGCUGUUUUAUAUAUUACUAUCAGUAUGCAUACUAACUAUAGGAGUCAUUCAAUCUAUGAAGUGAUUGAUUGAUUCAGAUUGUAAAAUCAUUGAUUGGACUGUUAGUGAACUAUCAUGGAAGUUUGUUGCGUUGUUCAUUGAAUGCUAUUUAGAUGGUUGGUUCUUUAUGAAGGUAUUACCGAGCAAGCUACUCUAAUUUUUAAUGACUGGCAUUUU